AUGGCGUGCAAGCAUAUCGACUUAGCUGGUAAGUGUCCUCAGAUAAUUCGGUCAAUGUACAAGGCUGAACGGAACUUCCAGAGCUACGUCCACCUACCGCUACGCAAUCCGUUUACCGAGAGGACUCGUGAUGAGCCCCCUCAAAAAAUCACAAAGUUGGCAAUAGCAGCCGAGACGGAGGAGGACCGGUAUGAUACCACGACGGAAGUGAGGUGCCUGGAUUGUUACGUCAAUUUGGAUAAGACGUCGCCGAAGCUGGCACCCAUCGUGCACGGAAUCUUGAAGGCAAAUACCUUUGCCAGGCAAGCAGAGGUCAAGGCUUGGGAACAAGAAUUCACGCCUUGUGAACAUACUCUUUGCCUGGAGCAAGAGCCCAAUCGAAAGAUCGAUUCUCAGGAUCUAGCCCAUUGUGCAAUGUGUGAUCUGAAGGAGAAUCUUUGGUUAUGUCUCCAAUGCGGUCACCUUGGUUGUGGACGCGCCCAAUAUGGCGGGGUCGGGGGCAACUCCCACGGUCUGGCUCAUGCCGAUCAGACCUCUCACCCUGUAGCUGUGAAAUUAGGCUCUAUAACGUCAGAGGGAACAGCUGACAUUUACUGCUACGCUUGUAAUGAGGAGAGAACAGACCCCGAGUUUGCUUCGCAUUUAGCGCACUGGGGUAUCAACAUUGCCGAGCGCGAAAAGACUGAGAAAAGCUUGACCGAGAUGCAGAUUGAACACAAUCUGAGGUGGGACUUCUCAAUGACUACGGAAGAUGGAAAGGAAAUGCAACCUCUCUUCGGCCAAGGCUUCACAGGACUGAAAAAUCUGGGUAACAGCUGUUAUUUAGCCAGCAUUCUGCAGUGUCUCUUCUCACUCCCUGAAUUUCAACAGAGAUACUACCACCCGCAAGACCCACCAUUAUCUACGACAUAUCCAGCUGAAGACCUUGAGACCCAAUUGAGAAAAGUAGCAGAUGGCUUGAUAUCCGGGCGCUACUCCAAACCCGAUACAGAUGUCAUCGCCUCUGAGCACUCACCCGAAAUUCCAACCCAGAAAGGUCUCGCUCCAGCCAUGCUCAAACACCUUAUCGGCAAAGGCCACGAAGAAUUCUCCACUAUGCGCCAACAAGACGCUUUCGAGCUCCUCCUCCACCUCUUCAAACUCAUCACUCGCUCCGCCCUACCACCCGACUCUCCCACCGACCCCAUCCAAUCAUUCCGCUUCACUCUAGAACAACGCCUUCAAUGCACAUCCUGCAACCGCGUCCGCUACCACGCCGACGAACAAGACAACAUCUCCAUCCCCGUCCCAAUCCGGCGCAAACCCACACCCACACCCACCAACCCCCCAGAUUCCACCACCUCCUCCAAAGAAGACCUCUUCGAACCCGUAACCCUCCGCGAAUGCCUCGACAUCUUCACAGCCCCCGAAUCCGUCGAGCUCACCUGCCCCGCCUGCUCCAGCAAUCUCGGCUUCACAAAACGCACCCUCUUCAAAUCUUUCCCGCGCGUCCUCGCAAUAAACGCACGCCGCUUCGAGCUUGUGAACUGGGUCCCCACCAAACUAGACGUCCCCGUCAUCGUCGAAGGCGAAAGCCUCGAUCUCUCCGCUUACAAAUCGCACGGACUGCAAGAUAGCGAGGAGGCAUUGCCCGAUGACGCUGCGCCUGCAGCGUCUGGGGGCUUCCAGCCGAAUGAAAUGGCGUUGCAGCAGCUAGAGGCCAUGGGAUUUCCGCGGGUGAGGUGCGAGAAGGCGCUGCAUGCCACCGGCAACGCGGACGCGGAGGUAGCGAUGGAGUGGUUGAUCGGACAUAUGGAGGAUCCGGACAUUGACGUCCCUGUUGCGCUUCCCGCGCCUGGUAGUGGUGGGAGUGGGGCCGGGGCAGAGAUCAGCGAGGAGAGUGUGGAGGCGCUUGGCGCUAUGGGCAUACCCGCACCGCAGGCUAGGAAGGCGCUGAGGGAGACGCAGGGAGAUGUCAAUAGAGCGCUUGAUUGGGUGUUUAGCCAUCCAGACGACGCAGGUGGUGAUGAGUCUGCUGAGGCGGGAACGGCGUUGGGGGCUGGUGAGCCGGUAAAGACGGAGUUGGCGGGGAGUCAGGACGUGCCUGCGCGGUAUGGGUUGAAGGGUAUUGUGUGCCACAAGGGGGCGAGUAUUCAUGCUGGGCAUUAUGUGGCGUUUAUACGUAAGCAGCUGCCGGCCGAACAAGGAGGGGAGGACGCGUGGGUGCUUUUCAAUGAUGAGAAAGUGGUGAAAGCGGAAGGAGAUGUGGAGGAGAUGAAGAAGUUUGCAUAUGUGUAUUUCUUUGAGAGGACGUAG